ACCAUAUUUUCGAGCUCGUCAGCCAUGGCUUCGAAACUCGUUCAUAACCGACUGAGAUCCCUAUGCAGAAUCUCUCAACUCAGCAAUGCUCGUUUCAAUAAUAAACUCAGAGACCCCAAUUCCAACUUCCCGUCGUUACAUAAUCAAGUAAAAUGGCGAUCUUAUUCGGAAGUUUCUCAGCCAACUCCUAUAAAUCCUCCACCACCUCCAUCCCCUAAUCCCUCCACCACCUCUACAAGUUCUCUCAAUGAAUUUGAACUUGCUAAAUUCUCCGCCAUUUCCGAGACCUGGUGGGAUGCAGAAGGACCGUUUAAGCCAUUACAUAUGAUGAACCCUACGAGACUUGCUUUCAUUAGGUCCUCUCUUUGUCGCCAUUUCAGAAAGGAUCCAAAUUGCACUAGACCUUUUGAAGGAUUAAAGUUUGUCGAUGUUGGUUGUGGAGGGGGAAUUUUAACUGAGCCUUUGGCUCGAAUGGGAGCUACCAUCAUGGGAGUUGACGCUGUGGACAAAAAUAUUAAGAUUGCUCGCCUUCAUGCGGAUUUGGAUCCAAAAGCGUCUUCAAUUGAAUAUCGGUGCACAACCGCUGAAAACCUGGUCGAAGAACAGAGACAAUUUGAUGCUGUAAUUUCUUUAGAGGUAUGAUUUAGUAAGUAAUACCUGACUCUGUUCUAAGAUAUUU